AUUUGUUUAAUGUUAGUCAACAAUUCUACUGAUCCAUAAGGAUUGCUUAGAAUUUUUUCUUUUUUCUUUUUGCUCCAGACUCAAUUUCAUGAAUACAAAAUCUGAAUUCAUGAGUAACUAGUCAUGGAGACCUUAGGAGAAGUUAAUGAGAAAACCAUUGAAUAUACAGAAGGAUUCGUUGAUGAAAGAAAGUGGUAUGAGAAAAGGAUUGAAGAGCUUAUGUGUGCUGUAGAAGAGAUGAAGUUUAAAAGAGUGGAGGACAUGAAAGCCAAUGAAAGGGUACUUGCCAUCUUUGCUUCAAAGGAGGAAGCAUGGAAAAAGGAAAGGAGGCAGCUGAUGCAGGAGCUUGAUGCAUUAAGAGAAAUUGAAAAAUCUAGCAAUAUUAGAGAGAUUGAGAAUUUUAACUAUGGUAGUUGCAGUGAUGAAAACAACAGCAGAAAGGAAAACAGUCAAGCAGGUUGCAGUACUCAAACAGGGUGCAAUAAUCCUUCCAUUGAUGAACUGAUGCAGAAACUUGGUAAGGAAGCAGAAGAGAGAAAGCUGGCAUAUAAGAGAUUUGUAUCUGUGGUAUCAGAGAUGAAGGCACAGAAGAAGAAGUCGGAAGACAAACUGAGAAAUGCAAUUUUUGAGAUGGGUGCCUCCAAGAGAGAAGCUGCAGUGAAAGCCAAGGAGAAGAAACAUGUAGAUGCUGCUUUGAGAAAGGUCACAGAUGAGAUACUGAGGCUUCAAAAGGAGGUGGAUGAUAAGGAUAGUAUUAUCAAACAGUUGUGUCACAGAAAGGAGACUGUUAUAGGGGUUACAGAGAUCUUGGAGGCAGAGCUUAGAGCCAAGGAAUUGGAGCUAUCUAAUGCUAAAAAUAUGCUCAAGGAGUAUGCUGAUGUGGAAAGGAAUAGGGAGAGAGAGGUGGACAAAUGGAAGAGGCUUUAUUUGGGGAUUAAGCGUGAGCUAGAUAAUCUUCACAUAGGUACCAGGCAAUCAAGUGGGCUGCUAGAAAAUGGGCAUAGUUCAGCUGGAAGAACAAUAUAAAUGGCAAGAGGCAAUGGAACCUUGCCAAAGGUCCAGUAGUUUUACCUCUGUGUACCCAACAAAAGGUUUUACCACCACCUCAAACUUUAAAACCAGAAUCUUGUAUGCUAGAGCAGGCAAAGUUUUUCUUUUCUUGUUAAAAGCACCAAAUACACUGGGGUCAACUAUGUCCUCCCGUCCCCAUUAGUUAUCAUAUGACCAGAGGAAGCUGGUCAUGUGUACCUCUAAUUUAGCUUUAGGUUUUAGUUUAUAUGAAAAUACAACCAUUGCCCAUAAGUAGAUCCUCAUCUGAUAAUGUGCAAAGGAGUAGAGCUGUAUGUGGCCUUAAAUACAAAGCCAAUUAACACUAGUGUUUGUUUCCCUUCAUAGGGCUAAUGCUGUUAAGAACUGUAUUGCUCUCAUUGUAUUUUAUGGGCAUGACUGGAAUAAAUUGUUUGGGCCUUUGCUAACUGAAACCAGGUUACCAGGAUAGCUAGGUGUUAAAACUCAAUUCAUGUUAACAUUUCACUGUUCAUAAGACAACAUUUGCUGAAUGUUUUGUGAAUGGGGUAGCCUGAUUAAGGAAACUCCAUGAUUAGGGGUGCCUCAGUCAGAUUUGUACUGAGAUGGGUGACUAAAAGAUCGGUCAUAGAGAUUAACAAUUUUAUGUUAUUAAUAUAACUUAUUCCUGGUAAGAGGAUAUUUCAUAUGUAUUCAUUCCCACAAGUAUGGAACAAAAAUAUGCAUCUGGAGCUUAAAUGGCAAAUAAUUCAAUACUAUUGUGGUAUAUAUGAAUCAAAAGUAUAUGGCUAAUGGCUAUUACUUUCAACUGAACAUGUAAACAGGAAUCUGAAGUUGUAAUUAAAAUAACUUCUAAUCUCAGGGGAUUCUCUUCCAUCUGUUCUGAACCACAGAAUAAAGAUUUUUUAUUGUUUUUAUUUGGAACCAACUAUGCCAAUUCUGGUC